UCAAGCCGAUAAGCAAUAUCAAGCAAUCAAACAAUCAAACAAUCAAUCAAGCACUCAAUCACAGCCAGCAGACGACCAGGCCAGGCCAGCUCCACUCGCUUUGUAUAAUGUUUAGCAGUCUCGCAACGUUUCUAUUUGGAGCGCAGCCAACGUCUGAGUCAACCAAUAGCCAAGCGAAUCCUGUCCAGAACAACGCCAACCCCAACGAUACGGCCAACGAUCAGCCGGUCGGCGAUGUAAUUGAGGUAACUUCAACGACCCCUUCGGUAGCGGGCAACAAUCGUGGUACUGUCCGUUUGAGCAACGGUAAGCGAGGCGGCGCCAAGAAUAGGCGUGGCAGGCAGCGACACCAGCAGAACCAACAGCAGCAGCAGCAGCAGCAGCAGCAGGGCGGACAACGCAAGCAGCCGGCGACUCUAACGAAGCUACUAACACCCAACGGCGAGUGCGUCAUCGAGGACGACUUCAACGAGGACGAAUGGUAUAUUGUCGAAAAAGAAGACGAGGAGGACGAUUCGCUGCCGCGCAGCGACUCCGAGGAGGAGCUCUCUGUGUCGAAGGCGGCGCCGAGCGGUAGCGCUGCAGCUGCCAACGCAGCUGCUACGACGCGCCGGCGCCAGCACAUCAAUUCGCAUUCCUUGUACAGCGGACCGCGGCCGCAGCAGCAGCGCAAUCAUUUGCAGCGCACGCGUGCUGCACGCACGCUGAGCAUCUCGACCCUAAGCCCGCCCCGAAGUGUGCCCGACAGCGACAAUGCGGUCAGCCAGUCGCUGUAUGCGCCCGUCGUGGUCGCCUCCGCCGCAAUCUCACCCAGCGGCAGCGAGAGCAGCGGCGGGAGCGGAGGCAGCGGCAAGGGUCUGGGCUCGGGCGUGCUGAUGGAGGAGUCCUGGUACGUAACACCGCCACCAUGCUUCACCUCGAUUGGGCCAAUCAAUAUGGAAGCAUCACCCUUUGAGAAUCUAUUGAUUGAGCAUCCAAGCAUGUCGGUUUAUCAUAGUAUUAGAAGCAGCCUGGCGGGCACCGAAAGUUUUGUUAAUCUUGAUCUCGGCUCAGCGGAGCUGCCGCAGCCCGAACCAGAGCCGGAGCCGGCUCCAGCUCCGGUGGCAGCUGUGGUCCAGCAGCAGCAGCAGCAGGCGCCGCGCAACCACAACGCAUACUUCGAUCGCCAUGCGGCGGAGAAGUUGAAGCAGCAGACGCUGGCUCGUCAAAGCCAGAAGAGCCUCGGCAAGCAGCAGCAUCAGCAGCUCUGCCGCAGCGCCAUGAAGCGCGCCAACAAGGUGCGCGACUUUCAGGCCAAGGGUCAGCGGCCGCGUCGCUCCGACAUGCAGCACUGCAAGCUGCUCAGCGGCGCCAACAACAAUCGCAAGUGCUGCUAGUGGGCGGCACCACGCCCCCGCCCCCUCAACCAGUCCCCUCCCCACAGGCAAACAGGUUCUCUUCGGGGGCGGCAAAAAUUAUUCACACAAUCAUGGCAAAAAAAAAAAUAAUAAAAAA